AUGCCAAGACGACGGUUAUGCCAACAUCCAACACUACAUACUGUUUCUUCUUAUGUAGCAACAGGUUCUCGGCCGGUCUCUUCUCGUCUUCUCAAUUUUAUACGGACUCGUUAUGAUUUGGAACAAUUAAAUAUUCUUUGGUUGUGCUCGAAGUGUCAAUGGGUGGAAACAAAGAUGAUGAAAGAACAGGAUAAAGCUGUUGAGAAGUAUGACAUGGAUACUGGUGGUGACGAACUAAGUGGAAAUAGUUCGAUGGAUCAUGAAGAAGAUGAUGAUGAUGCAGAAGAUGAAGAUAAUGAAGAAGGUGAUAAUAAUGAAGAAGAUGAUAACAGUGAAGAAGAUGAAGAUAAUGAAGAAGAUGAUGAUAAUGAAGAAGUGGAUGAUGGAUGCGAUCAACAAGCUGAAGAUGAUGAUCACGAAGAAAUAAGUGAUGAAAGUGAUCAGCAAGGUUAUGAUGACGAAAAACAAAGUGAAGAUGAUAUGCAUCUUGAAGUUAGUUAUCUCGAAGAACAAGCGAUGGAACAGUUAUCUGCGGUUUUUAAAUUACUAAAAAUGGAUCCUAUCCUAUCCAUGAUAAGUGAGUUUCAGAUGUUGUUUAACUUGAUAAAAGGUUUCUGUUUAAGAUCAAAUACUAACUCGAUUCUUUUUCGAAUUAGUCAAGUUUAUACAUAUCUUCAUGGCUUAUGUGAUAUACUAGAAGGAAAAUCUGGAAACGAACAUAGC